AUGCCCCUCACACCUCUGCCCCUCACACCUCUGCCCCUCACACCUCUGCCCCUCACACCUCUGCCCCUCACACCUCUGCCCCUCACACCUCUGCCCCUCACACCUCUGCCCCUCACACCUCUGCCCCUCACACCUCUGCCCCUCACACCUCUGCCCCUCACACCUCUGCCCCUCACACCUCUGCCCCUCACACCUCUGCCCCUCACACCUCUGCCCCUCACACCUCUGCCCCUCACACCUCUGCCCCUCACACCUCUGCCCCUCACACCUCUGCCCCUCACACCUCUGCCCCUCACACCUCUGCCCCUCACACCUCUGCCCUCACACCUCUGCCCCUCACACCUCUGCCCCUCACACCUCUGCCCCUCACACCUCUGCCCCUCACACCUCUGCCCCUCACACCUCUGCCCCUCACACCUCUGCCCCUCACUACCUCUGCCCCUCACACCUCUGCCCCUCACACCUCUGCCCCUCACACCUCUGCCCCUCACACCUCUGCCCCUCACACCUCUGCCCCUCACACCUCUGCCCCUCACACCUCUGCCCCUCACACCUCUGCCCCUCACACCUCUGCCCCUCACACCUCUGCCCUCACACCUCUGCCCCUCACACCUCUGCCCCUCACACCUCUGCCCCUCAACCUCACCUCUGCCCCUCACAGACCUCUGCCCCUCACACCUCUGCCCCUCACACCUCUCUGCCCCUCACACCUCUGCCCCUCACACCCUCUGCCCCUCACCCCUCUGCCCCUCACCCCUCUGCCCCUCACCCCUCUGCCCCUCACCCCUCUGCCCCUCACCCCUCUGCCCCUCACCCCUCUGCCCUCACCCCUCUGCCCUCACCCCUCUGCCCUCACCCCUCUGCCCCUCACCCCUCUGCCCCUCACCCCUCUGCCCCUCACCCCUCUGCCCUCACCCCUCUGCAGUUCCAGGGCACCAUAACGAGAUACACAACAGCAGCAGUGAAGGCUAG